CUACAGCACACAAGAACAAAUCAGAGAAGCAGCUUGCCUUAUGCACAGAAGAAUGGCUAUGCAAACUUUGGCACUGUGGCUGCUGCUUCUUGGAUCAGUAGUGCCACAGGUCUGCUGUCAGCACUGGUCAUAUGGACUGAGCCCAGGAGGGAAGAGGGAACUGGACAGCCUUUCAGACACAAUGGAUGAUGUAGUUGAGGGGUUUCCACAGGUGGACACACCUUGCAGUUUUUUGGGUUGUGCGGAGGAAUCACCUUUUGCCAAAAUCUACAGAAUGAAAGGAUUAUUUGGAAGUGUGACCAACAGGGAGAAUGGACACAGAAAUUAUAAAAAAUGAGGAUUAGUUGAUUUAAUAAAUGAUCAUAUUGGCACAUUUA